UAUAUUAAUAUUUAAAAUAAUUAUAAUUUAUAUUAAAAUUUUGUCGAUAGAAUUUUAAAAAAUUAUUAUUACUAAUAGUUAUGAUAACCAUAAAAAUGACUUCUACCAAUUAUUUUACCAUGCAGUUAUAGUCACAAGUGCCAAAUAUACUAUUUUUACUUAAUACGCAAUUUUUAUUUCAAUUUAUAAAUCAUUUCAAAUUAUUUCGCAGCCCUGCACUGAAAGAAAAAUAAUAUUCAGAAUUAUCAUGACAUAAUAAAAAAAAUGUUGCAACAUUUCAGUAACAUUUACCAUAAAAAUAAUAUGCCAAACUUCUUUUAUCAUGCCAUUACAUAGUUCCAAAUAUGAUACAUUUUUUCUCUCAGUGCAAGGCAGUGUGGAAAGUCUUUUCAAAACAAUCCACUCGAAAACUUUUCUCGUACAAGUCGCCGCGAAUUCUCCGCCGGGAACGUUCGAGACGGGGUUGCGAACUCCGUACUCCCGGUAGGUCGUCGCGUCUAUAACGUUGGUAUUCACACGCUCGUGCGUUUCUGCGCGCAGCACCGUCAGCGGCGGAAUGCAGAUGAGUACAGGUUGCACUUCGGUGCAUUACACAGGCGCGCGCGAGACGUAGGUACGCCUUGGGUCUUUUUUUUUUUGCGUUGCGUCGGAAAGAAACACGCGAAGAAUUCGAGCGCGCAGAAAAACCCGACGCUCCGCGCGACUCGUUGCGUAAGAGGAAGUUCACGAAGUUUACGUAUGCACGCGGUUAAGUGUUGCGCAUUGCGAAACCCUUGAAAAAGCUCUUCUGAUCGUCAACACGACGAGUCGCCUAUAUAGCCGUCGGUCGGUCGGUUUUAGCUGGAAUUCAGCUUGCUCAUUCCUCAUCGAUCGACGCUUGUUGCCGAUCAUAAUUCAUCCCGUUUUCCAUCCGAGGAUGCGCGUCGGUAAGCAUAAUCGUAUUUUUAUUCCAAGGCUGCACAAUUCAUUAUUGCCAUCUAAGUAAACACUUCUUUAAUACAAUGUGUCUAUAAAGAAAAAAAAAAAAAAACUCGACUCGAUUGGUGCAGCGUGCGAACACACUCGAUACAACGAGCCGCCGCCGUCUUCAGCCCAUAUGUUUGCGACUUGGAAAAACUUUUGAAAAUUUUAGAAGAGAAAAGAUUCUUUUUCGGUUCUUCUUCGCUGUAUUUCUUCAGCUUUUUCUUUCUUUCGACAUAAUGUCAUAGGUAUUAUCUUCUACGUCAACGGUUUCGAGAUCGCUAAUGAAUAAGUGAUUUAUCAGUGAAGUUGUUACAGUUUCACUUUUCUGCUUUUUUUUCAAAAGAAAACGGAAAUAUUUUUCCCUCAAUUUUAUUUUUCUAUAGUAUUAAAAAUACACCAAUUGUCUUUAUAAAAAACGUCGCAAAUUUUGAUGACUAAAAGAUUCAGUUCCACAAAACAAUAGACAGUGCUCCAAAUUGGAAAUUAGACCUUAAAUGUUUUUUUUUUAUAUAUUAAUGUAAUUAUAUUUAUAUAUAUUUAUACAAAGUGUCUCUGGAUUUUCCAUACAAAUUUUAAUAGUAUGUUCUAUAAGCUUGAAAUAAGAAGAAAUACUGUAUAAGAAUAGGUUUGAAAAUAUUUUAUAAAAAAUGUGCUAUAGCAAAAGUAUAAACUGUGCCAUAGAUAAUUUUUCACUAAGUUUGCAUUUUAAAAUGUUUAUGUCCACAUCAGUACAAAUUUAGCAUCGAUAUAAUAUUGAAUUUAUCACUGUGUAGAAAUUUCGUGUCAAUUUUAUUUAAUUUCUACAGUCGCGUCGAUGUAAUUCUUCAUAUAUUAGUUCAUCUCUUGACACGACUUAUGUUCGAUAAACUUUGUUUUUUAUUAUUCUUCACAAACAGAAGUCUAGCAAUGUUUACAUAGCUAAAACCGUACUGAACGGAUAGCAUUUUGAAAUGCAAACUAAUGUAAAAAACUUUUUUUUACAAAUUGUAUAAUUUGAUUAUAACUUUUUAAUAGAACAUUUUGGAAUUUGUGUUUAUGUAAUAUUUUUUUCUUAUAAUAUUUUAAUAUAUCAAACAUACUUUUAAAACUUGCACGAAAAAUCCAAGAACACUGUACAUAAAUACUGCAUACAUAAAACUACUUAUACUUGAUCUUUUAAUUUAGAAAAGCAUUUAAGAUCGGAGUAAUUCCAAUAAUUGGGACACUAUCAGAUAAUUAGCUUAUUUAUAAAUGUCAAGCUUGUGUGUGCAAAGCAAACUAGGAAAAUUAAAAGGCCAAGGAAUGAGGGAAAUAAAGAAUUAAUUAAAAUAAAAGACUAAAAUUUAAUAUUAAAAUAGUCAAAUCCCAGAGUCAUUUCAAUGACUCAAAUUAGAGAAGCAGUUGUGAAAAUCAGUAAAGCGUAUAAAUAUGAAUACUAAGAAAAAAAGCGAGUGUACGUGUGCAUGUGAAAAUCGCGCAAAAAUAAAAUACAGAUUAAAAUUCGGAAUUAAAACAGCAAAUAAACGUUAUUUAUUUAUCAGUAAUGAUAAAUAAAAUUCGCGCUUGCACGAAAACAAUGUAAGACAUCACGUUAUGUACAGUACAUAGUAGUGUGCAAAAGCGAUGCAAGUGAUACCGGGCGAAAUAUGAUCAACUCCACGUAUUAUUUUUGAGCUAAACAAUUAUUGAAAGCCUUCGGUAUAAUCAAGCGGUAAAUUAAGCGGUAAAUUAUACCGCUGCGAGUUGCCGUGACAUACACAGAGUAUAUACGAGUUUGCCGGCAGCAUGUGUGUAUCCUGCUCACGUCAAGUGGCGAGUAAACAAACAUUUUUAUUCACAUGGCCGCGCUUGCACGAUUUCUCGCGAUCGUUUCACAACGCGGUAUCGACGACGGCAUAAAAGUUCCGCCUUGCGUAAAACAACGCGGCGAUUCUUCUUGCGAAGAUGCAUUCCGAAACUCGUCGCAGAUGUCCGGCUGACCUUUCUCACCUCCAGGUCCUCUCUCUCCCGGCCCCCUCGUCUCGUGCGGCAAGUGCGAAAUUGAAAGAUAUCGAUAUCUCCUCCCCCCCCCUCCCUCCGGCUGACCUUUCCCAACUUCUUGGCUCUCUCGCGCUCUCGCUUCUCGAUGGUGCCAGGUGCGAAAUCAUUCAACGCGCCGUGAAGGCGAUUUCCGAAAGAACGCACUCGCGCUUGGAUCGGCGAUAUCGAAAUUCCAUUCGGAAGGCAUCGAUACGGUGAUAACGUAACGCAGACGUGCGAGAAGUUGUGUGUGGCACAUGAAACUCUUGCCUUAUAUCGGAUUAUAGACGAAACGUUAAGUUCUAAUCGUUCCGGUUUCUGAGUGUUUUAAAAACGUCUUACGAUAAUUGAAUAUUGUGUAUCACAUAAAAUGUAAUGUGAUUCUCUUACUCUCGUGUAUCUGAAAUUUUUUAAGUUGCGAAAAAGUUAUAAAAGUGUUCCAUAUAAAGUGACGACAUUUCAAGGACGCAUAAAAAUUGUGUAGAAAUGACAUGGCAAACAAUGAUGAUAUUUUAUGCGCUGUGAUUCAACAUAGGAUGGUACCGAAGCUAUUGUGUGUCAUCUUUCAGAUACAAAUUCCAACUUUUUUUCCUGAUAAGCCGUCGGCUUCGGGUCAUCCAGCCGCCCUUAAUUCCACGGACGGUCGAUUCCGGGAUUCCUCUUCAAUGAUUACGCGAAUGAGGAUCAACGGUGACUUAGUGACAAUUCCUGUUGGUAACAUGCGACGACAUGCCAGCGUCCAUCGCCGCGUCCGUUCUUCCAGGAACCGAACGAGGGAGAGCCGUCCAGUUCCGCGAAAAAAGUAUGCCCGGAAAACAAUUUCAAUAAUUCGGAUAGACGUGAGAAAAGCGGUGCGAAGAUCAUCCUGUGAAUUGUCCCAUGAAUUAUCUCAAAUAUUUCUUUUCAAAGAUAAGCUGAAGGAAUUCUUUACCAGAAGAAGCGAAGGAAGAUAUUUAACAGCACAGAAUGAUGGGACGAAAAUUUUCCUCCGAGAUCAGAUAGGCCAUGACCAGCGCAGGGUGCAUCUGGUUUUCUAAUUGCAAUUAACGUGAAAAAAGUUAAGAGUAAAUUAAAAAUAAAAUAAUGUGAUACAAUAUUUCAUGAAAUAAAAGGGAGUGCCCUUUCUUGAUCGAAGCUUGUUGCUUAAUAUUUUUAUAUAAAUUAUUAAAUAUUUUUUAUAUAAAU